AUGAGGUUCUCGGGGGCAAAAAAGUGGCUGAUCGUGUUCGUUAUUGCGCACGUCAGCCUUUGCGUAACCUGUGCGAGCUCCAUCUACACCAAAACCUUCGACGGCAUGGAGGCAGAGUUCCAAAACAUCAGGAUAAUCUCCGUGCUGGGCUUGUCGAUGUUUGUGCUGGGGCUCAGCCUGGGACCCAUGGUCAUCAGCCCACUCAGCGAAUUCUAUGGCCGGCGGCCUAUCUACAUCGUGUCGUGGACGCUGUAUCUCAUCUGCCUCGGACCGCAGGCCUUUGCCAAGAACGUGGAGACCAUUCUGGUCUUUCGGUUCUUGAGUGCCUCCACCGGCGGCGUAUUCCUUGCUGUGGCCGGCGGGACGGUCAGAGACAUAUUCCCAACCGCUGUGCUUCAGGCUCCGAUGGCCUUGCUCUCUAUCUUCACAAUGUCUGGUCCCAGUCUGGGUCCCGUGAUUGGAGGUGCCAUCAACUUCACAAUGGAUUGGCGGUGGACGUACUACUUUCUGAUCAUCUGGUCAUUCCUGCUUUGGGUGCAAAUUGUCCUUUUCAUCCCAGAAACAUUCGGACCUGUCCUGCUAAAACGUGCCGCCCGCCGCCGUCGUGCCGAGACCGGCGAUGCAAGAUGGUUCGCCCCCAUAGAGAGGUCCAACAAGUCGAUCCCUCACACUCUCCGUCUCUCGCUGCUCCGCCCUUUCCAGCUCCUCUUCUUCGAGCCUAUGUGCCUCAACCUCUGCCUCUACGCUGCAAUCCUGCUGGGCAUCAUCUAUCUCUUCUUUGGCGCAUUCCCCCUCAUCUUCCACACGGUGUACUACUUCAAUUCGUGGCAAUCCGGCUUGUCCUUCUUGGGCAUUAUGCUGGGCACCUUGGUCGGGUUCUUGAUAGAGCCCAUGCGGAACUGCAUUAGCCAGUGGCUUUAUAGCAGCCGGGAUAACGUUUCUGGUGGUGCCAGAGGGGAAGACACGCCUGAAUUCCGACUCGUCCCCGCUAUUCUUGGCUCCGUCCUGGUCCCUGCCGGCCUCUUCAUGUUUGCAUGGACGACUCUUCCCUCGGUACAUUGGAUAUUCCCAAUGAUUGGAUCGGUUCUAUUUGGCGCCGGUAACAUCCUCUUAUUUACUGGCAUUUUUACAUUCCUAGUUGACGCGUAUCCCUCAUGCGCCGCGAGUGCCCUGGCUGCCAACUCAUUCGUCCGCAACAUCUUUGCAGCGGCGUUUCCACUCUUCGGAACCCAAAUGUACGAGGCGAUAGGGUUUCAGUGGGCGUCAUCGCUGCUUGCCUUCCUCACCGUCGUAAUGAUGCCAUUCCCAUAUAUUUUCUUCAGACACGGGAGUGCCAUCCGGAAGAGAAGCAGGUUCGCUGCCGACUAA